UCAGUUAACCAAAGUGAAAAAUUGAAAGACAUAGAUUUAAAAGACUUAGGGCUUGCUUUCGCCGGAGAAAGAAAGUUAAAAAAAGAAAAUAGCCGACCGUUAGCAGAAAUGGAAGAGGCAUUUUAUUCGAAAGAAGAGAAAUCUUUUGCGGACAGUCGCUUUCCAUAUACAGCACAAAAAAUGAGUAAAACCAUGAAUAAUAAUUUUAUAAUGACACCACCUAAUUGGAACAAAAGUAAAUUUCUACCUUGUCUAAAUAUUGUGGAAAAAGUUGAGGACGAUAAUGGUAUUUUUAUGGAUGAGGAAAUUGAUUACGAAAAAAAAUACUAUGAGGAGGAUUUUGUGCCUUCCCCAAAAGAACCCAAAAAAAUAAUAAUUACUUGUACCUUUAAAAGAUUUUUUUCUAAAACAGUCAAGGAAAAUAUUUUAAAAUUGGCGGCGGAAAGUCCCAAAAAGUUGUCGGAAUUAGUGGAAAAUGCCCGCCGGGAAAUUACCCAAAAAUCAAUUUUCUUUCUCUAUAACCAAACUGAUUAUCAAAUUACCGAACUAAUUUGUCAGCCGAAUAAUUAUAGCAAACAGGCCAAAGUCUAUAAAAAAGAAAAAGAUUUUCAAAAAAUUCCGGAAGUGCUGAAAUGA